CGGGCGGGCGGGUGUGCGGCGCCUGCGGGUGCGCGGAGAUCGAGGUGGACGCGGCGCGGGGGGACGCGGGUGUGCACGGGGCUGCGGGUCGGUGCUGAGGACAACAUCAUCGUGUCCGAGGUGCAGUUCGUGGAGAACAGCGGCGGCGGCCUCCUCCGUGGGGCAGUUCGUGUCACUGGACGGUGCAGGCAAAACACCGACUUUGGGAGGAGGAUUCCACGCCAACCUGGGAAAGGAGUCACGCGCACAAACUCUGCAGAACGGGAAGCGUCAGAUUCACCACCUGGGAAACCAGCUUCAACUCAAUCAGCACUGUCUGGAUACCGCCUUUAAUUUUUUCAAGAUGGCUGUGAGCAAACACCUAACCCGGGGGAGGAAGAUGACCCACGUAAUUGCUGCGUGUCUCUACCUGGUGUGUAGGACAGAAGGAACUCCUCACAUGUUACUUGACCUCAGUGACCUUCUUCAGGUGAAUGUCUAUGUGCUGGGAAAAACUUUCCUUCUGUUGGCCAGAGAACUCUGCAUAAAUGCUCCAGCCAUAGAUCCGUGUUUAUAUAUUCCCCGUUUUGCACACAUGCUGGAGUUUGGGGAUAAGAACCACGAGGUGUCCAUGACGGCUCUCAGGCUGCUGCAGAGGAUGAAGCGGGACUGGAUGCACACCGGGCGCCGGCCCUCCGGGCUCUGCGGGGCAGCUCUGCUGGUGGCAGCAAGAAUGCAUGAUUUCCGACGGACUGUUAAAGAGGUUAUCAGGGUGGUCAAGGUUUGUGAAUCUACAUUAAGGAAAAGGUUGACAGAGUUUGAAGAUACACCAACAAGUCAACUAACCAUAGAUGAGUUUAUGAAGAUUGACUUGGAAGAAGAAUGUGAUCCUCCUUCAUUUACAGCUGGUCAAAAAAAAUUGAAGAUACAGCAGCUUGAGAAGGCAUUAUCAAAAAAGCUGGAGGAUUUUGAAGGAGAAAUAUCGAGCUACCAAGAUGAAAUAGAGAUUGAAUUAGAAAACAGUAGACCGAAAGCAAAAGGUGUAUUUGCAAAUUUCACUAAAGAUGAUUCUAUAGAAGAUAAUGCCUCUAGCAUACUUGGAGAGGAGGAGGCAGAAGAUGAGGAACUGGAAGCAGCUGCUAAUCACUUAAACAAGGACUUUUAUAAUGAACUUCAUGAGAAGGAUAGAGUUAAAAAAAAUGAAGAAGGGGAAUGCAGAAAUGGAAAUGAAACUCUUGUAAGACCACCUGCACUGGAAUCCUUGCUCGGCCCACUCCCCACUGCCGCUAGUCUUGGCAUAACAGAGUCCAUAAAAGAGUGCAUAUCCACUAAGGACCAAGAGCCUGGUGAGAAUACAGGAGAUGGCGAAUUAGAUCUGAGUGGAAUCGACGACAGUGAAAUAGAUCGGUAUAUACUUAACGAAGCAGAAGCUCAGAUAAAAGCAGAGCUGUGGAUGAAAGAAAAUGCAGAUUAUUUGAAGGAACAAAAAGAAAAGGAAGCAAGAAUAGCAAAAGAGAAAGAACUUGGGAUUUAUAAGGAACACAAGCCAAAGAAAUCUGCAAAGAAGCGGGAGCCAAUUCAAGCCAGCACAGCAGGAGAGGCAAUUGAAAAGAUGUUAGAACAGAAGAAAAUCUCAAGUAAAAUUAAUUAUAAUGUGCUAAGGGACCUGAACAGCAAAGGAAGUAACACAACAAAGAAAGAGGAUGACAACACUGAUGACAGCCCCAACACCAAGAAGCUGUCAAGAAGAAAAUCUAUUGCCAAUAGGAAUAUAGCCAACCCUGUAAACAGUGUGGGAAAAAGAUUAAGACCUUUGAUUUCAACUCAGCUUGCUAAAAAGCCUGCCACUGAAGAGGUGACAUUUCCAAAUGCACAGGCAGAAGCCCCUGCUGUAGAAAAACCAGCAGCUGUGCUCGUGGAGAGUGGCCCAGUAGCUUACAACCCUGAUGAAGAGGUGGAGGAGGAAGAGGUAGAAGAAGAUGAUGACCACUGCAUGAGCGCCUUGCAGUUAAUGGGAGGAAAUGAUUAUGGCUGUGAUAUGGAUGAGGAUGAUGGCUAUUAGCUCCAUUUACUUCUAAAGGACAUGGACCAUGUCUUGUUCUCAGCAAAUCUUCGGUUCUUCAAGCUGUGUGAAUAGUGAAAGAAGCUGUCUGUGGUCAGCAAAUGUAAUCGAACAAUCCUUACUUUUGUAAACGCGAAUUUGAGGUUGGCAUUGACUGGUCAGUUUACAUUGACCCAUAACCCAGCAAUAACCAGUUUGGGUUUGUACUUGAAUUUAUUUUUAUUUUGGUGGAUCACAGUUGGAGGAUGAAAAUUAAUGAGAGUAAUGUUUCCAGAGAACAAAAGGAAAAAGACUAAACAGACUGUGUGUAAAGCCUGUGUGGCUGAAAGCAACACAUCUCUUAUGUAUGUGGCUGCUUUUAGGCAUGCUGCUCAAAGGGAGCAGACUGAAGGACAGAGAGGAGGACAGGUGAAAACAAGAAACCUGCCUGUUGAUUAUUUGAGUACAGUAGCAUUACUUGUCUCAUAAUGCUACAACUGACAGAAAGAAAUGUUUCCAACCUGUAUUGUGGAUGUGACCCUGUUACUGUAUAUGGCUCCCUCACCCAAUCCUAUCAAAAAUUAAUGACAAGUUAUAUAUUUGCAGAGCAGUAUUGGUUUCUCUGAAAGAGAGUAAAUGCUUCUUUAUAUUAAUCAAUUCAUAGAUUUCUUGAAAGAUAUGACAAUAGAUGGCAAUGUUGGCAGAGAAGAAUCAUCUUCCACUGCGAGUCCAGUGCAGUUUAUGUGGAAGGAGGCAAAAGACCUGGGUGAGGCAAGAAGUGUAGUGAGCAAGCAGGAGAUGAUGCCAUGCCAUGCUCUAUGGAACUGCUCUUGCCUGACUGAGUUAGAGUGAAGGUCUGCUCCCAAGAGCUGCCUGUCUGUAAAACCAGUUGAAAGAAAGAGAAAGCUGAGCUUUUUAAUAAAUAAGCCAGCAUCUGCUUUGACUGAAUUUAAUUUAAUGUAAUUUGCUUAACAUUCUGUGGGUAAAUUAAAGGUCACUGUGCAGCAGUCUGACUUUCAUGGCUCAAAUCCCACCCUUGAACAGUCGUUGCUAUGUGAAUAAAGCUGGAGCUGCAGCCCUGUGUGCCCUGAAAUGUCAGCAGUCAGGGCCUUCUCCUACAGACAGAUCAGUUCCCGCAAUGCCAUGAGAGCAGGGAUUGGGGGUGGAGCCCCUAUGGUCAGAUCCCACCCUGGUACCUCUGACCUGCCUUCCCCUGGCACUGCUGGGUCCGAGUCUCAUGGCUCUGUGGGAAAUGCAGUGCACUCUGGAUCAGGCUCUUGAUGACUGCAGCUACAGGGCCCGAGAUGUUUUCCUCUCUCUCCCUUAUCUAGUGACAAUCGUGAAAACUGCAGCGCUGCAGGCUUGUCUUACACCACAGAAAGAUGGUUUUUUAUCUUACCAGCAUGGUUUCUGUUCAGUUGUGUCUCCUGGUCAGCUCAUCCUUCCUACCCUUUUUGAGAAGCACUCAUCACUAGAGCACCACCCAUCCUCCUGCUAUGGAGGGUGGAUCGUGGCAGGAAGAGAAGCUGCCUCAGGAAGCUCUCUAGCUACUUCCAGACAGGAUGAUGAUGGUGCUCAUACCUGUGGUCAUCACCAAAGAGGGGAAGGGCCACACAGCCUUCCAUACUUCCAUACUUCUCUCCCUCUUGGUAGCAUGCUUAAGAUGGAUCAUGUAAGUCGAGCAAGAGCAAGUGCUUUUCUUAGAAGCAGACUUGGUAUUAUUUGGCUGGUAAAUGUAGUUUGGUGGGUCAGCUGUAUCUGGGAGGAAUUUUUGAGCCCUGUAUGGGAGUAUUUCUGCAAUGACUUCUUAAAAACAGAGCUUGAUAACAAAAACGAUGUAGUGAGGCUAAUGGGAAGAAGAGCUCUUCUGAACCAGAUGCCAGUUACUUAAUUUGCAGCACUUCAGUGGAAAGAAGAAAUUCCAUGUAAUUCUAAGGAGAAAAGGUGGCAUUUUCACCAAAAAGCUAUAGAUUUUUUUCUGAUACUUUAUAAAUACUGCACAGAAACUGAUAUUGGGGAGAUAAACCUUUCUACCUCUCUUUUAUCUACACCGUAAAAUAAAAAUCAUGCUAUAUAGCAGACAGUUUUUUAAAAAGUUGCUUGUUUUAUCAAAGUUCAUGCUCUGCAGGUCUUUGAGACCGUUGAGUUUUAUCGUUUGGAUUUGAAUUAACCUGCCAUAGCACUGCUACAAAUACCCAUACUCUCAGUAUAUUCUCAAGGCUUGGGUUUUAUUCCAAGGUACACAGUAUUCUCUAUGCAGGAAAUAAACAUGCAUAAAUAAACAUGUGUAUGACUCAUGUAGGUCGAGUGCUUUUCUCAAAUGCAAGAUGUUGGCUCUUAAAGAAACCGCUAAGCUGAUUUCUUUGUUGCUGAGGGUCUUCUGGUUUGUUCCCCCAAAUACUAAACCUGCUGCCAGUGCAGCGAUGUAAUUUGAGAGCUGAGAGUCCACCCAAAUAACUGCUGCUGGUAAAUUUGAAUUUCAGUAGUACAUUGUGUUUCUGAGAACAUUGUUUUGUGCACUGCAAGUAGAGGGUUGCAGUUUUUGAAUGCUCUCACAUGAUUUGAUUAGGAAAGGCUAUCAGGUAGUCUGCUAGAAGGGCGCUUGGAGAGCAGGGGGAAAAAAAGACCUACAAUUCCAUAGCAUCUCAGUAUUGCUGGUGAAGUUAAUGGCAUGGUUUCUGUACAGGAUUCCUAAGGAAAGGAUAUUGGAUAGGCAGACUUCACGCUGAGCUUCUUAAGCUAUAGUGGUUAUGUACAUUUUUAAUUUAUUGGUGACUUACUGGGAUUUUUAUAAUGUUCAUUCCUUCUUGAUUUAACUAAGCUCAGGAAACGUAAACAGAUUAGAACAUGCUAGUUUCUGUUUUUAUAGCUAGUCAUUAAAAUGUAAAAAGAUUAACACUGCAUUAACUCUGUUUACUACUGUUGAUGUAUCUGGACAAUUUUGUUGUGUAUAAGUAAGCCUGAAUUCACUUGGAGUAAUUUGGACCCUGCUUUUCUCAGGAUUCUGAUUAUAAUGUAAAGAGCUUAUAAGGCUCCAGCAUUUGUUGUUCUUAGAUCAUCUUAUUUGAACCCACACAAGCUGUGUAUCAUCAGGUUUGUUGCAUAAAGCAUUUCUCUUGCUGCAAGUCACUUUGCUUGACAGGCAAAACCCUCCAGCUGUUGCAUUCAGCUUGUCAGCCAUGCAGCCUUUUAACACUCUUGUACUGUGGGAGUAAAAACUAAAAUAAGGAAAAUAAUGGGCUUCUUCACUGUGGUGAGUGCAUUUUCAGUGUCUUAAUCAUCUGUGACAUUUCUUUAAAAUCACUGUGUUCAGUACAGCAACUUUUAAAUGGUGCCAGACAGCCUUGUCUUGAGGGUUAAACAUGUUUGUCAAAAAAAGUUCUUGCCAUCCUCAUGACUUGUUUGUGUUCUUUUGGAUUGCAUUGAAACUCCAGUUGCAGAUGUGUACAGUUAGCGCAGAGUUUGCCUAAUAAAUGUUCUGUUUCUUAUUUUUGUGUUGAAUUCUUGUAUUUGGUUCAGUUAGUGCCAAGGAAAUGAAACCUGUUUGAUGUAAGCAUAUGUACCAUCCUUACACAACCACACGAGCCAUGUUAACCUUUUUUACUGUAAUAUAUUUGCUGUAAAUAAAGAGUAAAACCCUUAUGUA